AUGAUUGAGAUGGGAAUUCAUCUUCAAAAACAAGGGUUUUAUGAAUUUAUCGUUAACUCUAAUAUUUCUCAUCGUCUGAAAAGUCGUUAUGGCAAUAUAAUCAACUUUAUUAUUUAUGGAGUGAUGGAAGACGGUCACGGAUAUUUAAUUACCCCGUAUAAUAAUUAUACUUAUGAAACGCUCAGUUUACAUGUUUUUGAGUUAAAACAAAGAAUAUCUAUUGCAACAAAUACACCCACUGCUCUUGUUAAUUUUAUUGAAGAGAUUAAAGCUGAAAUGAAUGCAAAUCCACAUUGGGAGAAAUAUUAUGUGAAUUUUAUUAAAGAAUUAGAGAACAAAUGGGCUAUUUCACUUUUUAAAUAUUUAGCAUCUUUAUAUGAUCAUGAUGCUGAUAAAUUAAUAGUUAAAACAGAAGAAAAUGAGGAUUGUGAUGAAGAAGACGAUGAUUACCAUUAUUUUAAAAUUUUGAGUUCAAAUACUUUUUGGAUAAAAAUUAAAGGAGUAGAAAAUCCAGCAAAAAGAUAUCGUACAGAAAACGAUUCAGCAAUUGUUGCAGCUGUGGGUGAUGCAAAUACGAGUGCUCAUUUUUUCACUGGAAGCGGAUUAAGCACAGGCAAGCUUAUAAUAAACUAG